UGAACUGGUUAUAGGUAGGCUGUAUGUGGAUCCUAGUUUUAGUUUCCUAUCUUUUCACCUGAAAUCACUGAAUCAGUGCUGUUCCUGAGAUCUGUUCCUUUUUAAACACUUCAUCAUACCAGGAAUAAUAUGCAGCUCAUAUGCAUUUAUUUUGCACACAGAUAACAGAUCUUUGGAUUUUGGACAUAAGCAUUUUGAAAGUUUAGAUAUGUUUUGCUGAAAUAUUCCCACUAGAAUAAGAAGACCAGGGGCCUCUAUCAUUAUUGAAUGAUAACGGCUCUAACAAAAAAAAGAGAGAGAGAGCAGAGGAGUCCUACUGGGAGAAGAAUGAAAGUACGAGUCUGGGCUCCAUGAGGAGGAGGUGUCAGCCCCAGGUCAGAGUCCAGGAGGAGGUGUCAGCCCCAGGUCAGAGUCCAGGAGGAGGUGCAUUAGAACAGCACUCCAUGAUUCAUACCUUCUGAGAAACCAGGUGAAUGGUUACCGCCCAGCCCUACUGAACAUGAUCCUCACACAGCUACCACGUGACCCUCAGUCCAGGGAAUGCCUUUGAGCUGUGCGAACACUGUACUUCAUAAUGUUCUGACAUCGUCCAAAUGCAGCACCUACAGAAUAUGAAAGUGAUGAUUAAAGUAAUGCUUAUUGUCUGCCACUGUGGAGGCUCCUCAUCUGACACUACCCGGCAGCUCAGUGUGUUGGUGGGGGCAGAUGUGACUCUGGGCUGCCUGUUUGAUAAGCUGUCCAGGCUGGUGGAGUGGAGCGCUCUCACCGUUGAGUGGAACGUGGUGGAUACACAUGCAGAGAAGAGCGUAGUGUACACCUUUGAGGAUGGAAGAGCGCAUGUGAACAGAGAGGGCUCUGAGGUGGACAGAAUGCAGCUGCUACAGAGUGAUGCUUCUCUGCAGCUCCACAAUGUGACUGUGGGAGAUGAAGGGCUGUACUCCUGCAGAAUCAUCACCCCUGUGGUCUACACAGAGACCACCUCACUGGAAGUGCUGGCGCGGCCUUCAGUGUUGCUCCCAGAGAAGGCAGCAGUGACGGAGGGGGAGGAGAAGACGAUACAGUGUGACAUCACAGGAUUCUAUCCAGAGAAGCUGGCCGUGACGUGGCUAAUCCUGAACGGCUCCCGCACUGUGCUCGCAGGGUUAAGCCCCCUCUCCCGCGUCUGCACCGAAAUGGCCAUUCACAAUGCAGAUGGCACCUUCAGCAUCCGCAGUGGCAUCACCAUGCACUCGUCAGCAGUGAAGGGUGGAGAGAUGAGCCUCAUGUGCCAGGUGGAGCACAAGACCUACAGCCGGCCGUACAACACGUCUGUCACACUGACUGUUCAGGCUCCACCCCAGCCUGUGUACAGUGACGUCACCCUGAUAGCUCUCACCAGUGUCACCAGUCUGCUGCUGGUCAGCGCCGCCAUCGGAGGAGCUCUGCUUCUCUACGCCUAUCUGUGUAAGGCUCCACCAAGUGUUUCUGAGAUCAGCAAACCCAGCAUCGUCUAUGCUCAGGUGCAGACGGACCUCAGAUGCACCAUCAGAGGAGCUGGACAGCGGGAGCUCAGAGUGAGGUAGUCUAAACUCAGUGCAGGCUCAGAGGAGCUGUCAGAGGGGGGCUCUCUGCUGGGCGGGGGGGAUCUGAGUGACCAGGCCUGUCUGCUGUCAGACUGUGAACACCACACAUCCGUCCUGACCGUGUGUCUGACCGUCUCUGAGGACCGGACCCAGUACCAGUGUGAGGUGCUGUGCAGGGGCCAGAGCAUCACCAGAGUGACCACAGUCCGGGUGAAAGGUGAGGAGGUGGAGCGUUCUGUAACAGCAGCAACUAGGGAGCAUUCUACGAUAUACUUUGAUUCAGUAUUGUAAUCAUUUCUAAAUAACUGUAUCCCAAACAUUACUUUGUAUUGGUGCCUUUGUGUGUGGCUUCUAUGAGCUACUUCUUUCACAUUGUUUUCAGUUUGUCAUUUGACACAUUGUUAUUUAAAAUAAUUGAUUGACUUGAAUUGAAGUCACAGGCUGUCAUGAAGGAAACUUAUACAUAAAUAUGUGCAUAAUGCAAGAAUAUAUCAGCGAGACAAGUUCACUUGGUCAAGAUCCUUUCAGCAAAAAAUGCAGCUGCUUAAGGAGCGUUAAGGUCAUCCUUUCACCUGUUGUCCUUAAACCUCAAAACUAGUUCUCUUGGAAACCCUUCACCUGAAAAGCAGUCAUUGUUCAACAGAUGGUGUUACGUUCCCUCUUGGCUAGGGGUACAAAGGGAAACGACACGACCAGUUUGGAAUUGGUAAUUGUUACCGGUGGUUUAUUUGUAACUAAAAAUGAUAAACACCAGAAUGUACACAAACAGUUUUGACACCAACAAAGGGCCAAACUGUUACUGGUUAACAAAAGGAGCACUCCAAAAGAGAGUAGCACCAGGGUAUACAAAAGGAAAAGAAAGUACCUCACUUCUAAAGUGGAACAAAACAAUAAUCAAAACGAGGCUGUGUGGAAACGCAGCUGUUGCUGAUCAACCGGUGCUAAUCACCGGGGUCUAAGCAAUAUGUUCACAAAUGCUGAUCUACAGGCGCUAAGCUAACCUGGAUCUAGGCAACACACACACACAAACCUUAUACUAGACACAGAAUACUAGGACACACUGCUAAUCAGUGUGCUCGCACAGAACCCUACAGAAUACACACUGCUAGGCAGUCUUAAGAAUCACAGAAAAUGGCUUUGUCACAAUGAGAGUUUUGAGGCGUCUGUCACACAAUACAGAGCCUCCCGAAUGGUAUCCGUGCCCAGCCUUUAUACUCCUCCCCCGGAUGACGUGGCAGAAGCGGGCAGGGCUUGGGUGACGUCUGUUCAAUCCCCGCGGAUGUUGCGAGGUCGAGACGGCCACUGACAGCAUAGGAACUGCACAGCUCAUUUGCAUCCACACACACACCAACAGAGUUAAGGGCACAAGGUAGCAGCGGCUGUAACAGAUGUAUAGUUAUGUUCUGAGCUUUAUUCUCUCCUCCUGUGAAUGACACGGCUGCCCCCCCUCUCACCACACUGUCA